UUUCCCACUUGGCCUCACUAUUAAUCUCCUUUUGUCUAUAAAGCUGAUAACCUCACAUCACUGCUUCAUCCCUUCAAUCUUCAAACCCUUUUAAAAUAUAUUUCUAAAAAGAAAUAUUAAACUUAGUGAUUCCUUUUGCAGUUAGUGGCUUUGCAUGUGAUCAGGAAUCACUUGGUUUAACUUUAUAAUCUUAAUCACUACCAGCCAUAUAUCUUAAACUCCUUUAUAAUAUCACUUUUAAUUCUCUAUAUAGUUGUAUAACUCUUCUUACUCUUUUGUAUGCUUAAGCAUAAUCAUUUAUUUUCCAAAAUCAGAAUUGUUACUUGAUACUUCAUACACCAAAAUGGGCGAGGAAGCAAAACAGGAACAACCAAAGGUUGAGGAGAAGCAAGAGGAAAAGAAAGAAGAAAAGGCAGAAGGAGGAAAAGAAGAGGAAAAGAAGGAGGAAAGCAAAGAGGAAAAGCCAGAAGAAGAGAAAAAGGAAGAGCCUAAACCACCAGAACCAUGUGUACUUUUUGUGGAUUUGCAUUGUGUUGGAUGUGCAAAGAAGAUUCAAAGAUCUAUAAUGAAAAUGAGAGGAGUUGAGGGAGUAGUUAUUGACAUGGCUAAAAAUGAAGUUACCAUAAAAGGUAUAGUGGAGCCUCAAGCUAUAUGCAAUACAAUUACCAAGAAAACAAAGAGAAGAGCAAACGUUAUAUCUCCAUUGCCUCCAGCAGAAGGAGAACCUGUCCCAGAAGUUGUCAAUUCUCAGGUUAGUGGACCAGAGACAGUGGAACUUAAUGUGAAUAUGCAUUGUGAGGCUUGUGCUGAGCAACUCAAGAGAAAGAUACUCCAAAUGAGAGGAGUUCAAACAGCAGUGACAGAGUUUAGCACAGGGAAAGUAACUGUGACAGGAACAAUGGAUGCAAACAAGCUAGUGGAUUAUGUCUAUAGAAGAACCAAAAAACAAGCGAAAAUAGUUCCUAAACCCGAACCUGAACCAGAAAAGAAAGAAGAAGAAAGCAAAGAAGGUGAAAAACCUGCAGCAGAAGAAGAAGCUAAACCAGAAGAGAAUAAGAAAGAAGAAGAGAAACCAACAGAAGAACCAAAGAAAGAAGAAGGGGGUGAGAAUAAAGAAGAAAAAGGGGGUGAAGAAAGCAAAGAAGAAACCAAGAAAGAAGAGAGUGGUGCUACUGCUAUGGUUAAUAUUGAUGAAGAAGGAAUGAAGAGAAUGAUGUAUUAUUAUCAAUAUCCUCCACUUUAUGUGAUUGAACGUACUCCACCACCUCAACUAUUCAGUGAUGAAAAUCCUAAUGCAUGCAUCAUUUCAUAAAGUCCAUCAUCAUAUGAAUAAUAGAGAGAACAAUAUGAAAUUUUUUUGGAGUUUUGUUGGUGGAAUAUGGAGAGGAAAAAAUGUGUCUAAAUGGAAUCAUCAUGUGAUGAUAAUGAGUUGAUUAAUGAUAUAUCGUUCUGUCUUCUUUUUUUAUGUAUGUACGAUAUAUUAUUAUUAUUAUAUACUAGUCAUAGAUCAAUGUUGUACAAAUGCACCAUAAAAAAAAAAAAAAAAAAAAUUGUUGUACAAAUGCUUGUGAAAUAUGAGUAUCCUCAAGUUGCAUUUCAUG